GAGAGACACGCUCGCUUAACCGACACGCGCGCGCUGACACAGACAGCCGCACCGACACCGAUGACACAUUUUAGUCGCACGCAGCAACGCACGCUCACUGCACGCACACGCACGCGCGCAGCCGCUGUGGCACGCACGCGCAUCCAGAGAAGACGCCACGCGCGGAGUACCAACAUCAUCGGGGUAGGAGGAGGAGGAGCGGGGGGGAAGGGGUCGUCACCACUCGUCUGUGCCCACCGCUCUUCUCACAGUCACGAGUUGGCCAUGUCGGAUGGGGACUAUGACUACCUCAUCAAGUUGCUGGCGCUGGGAGACUCGGGCGUCGGCAAGACGAGCUUCCUGCACCAGUACACCGACGGGAUCUUCCGUGCCAAGUUCAUCGCCACGGUCGGCAUCGACUUCAAGGAGAAGCGAGUGGUGUACCAGGCCUCGGGCGAGGAGGGCCUUCUGGGCGGUCGCAAGCAGAAGAUUCAUCUCCAGCUGUGGGACACUGCCGGCCAGGAGAGGUUCCGCAGCCUCACCACGGCGUUCUUCCGCGACGCCAUGGGCUUCCUGCUCAUGUUCGACCUGACCAGCGAGCAGAGCUUCCUGAACGUGCGCAGCUGGAUGGAGCAACUGCAGAUGCACGCGUACUGCGAGAGCCCGGACGUGGUGCUGUGCGGACACAAGUCGGACCUGGAGGACCUGCGCGUCGUCUCGGCCAAGCAGGCGCGCGAACUCGCGGACUCUUACGGGAUGCCUUACUUCGAGUCGAGCGCCGCGUCGGGCGCCAACGUCGCCGCGGCCGUCACCGCGCUGCUCGACCUCAUCAUGAAGAGGAUGGAGUCGACGCUCGGACGCUCCACGCUGCCCGGCGCCCACAGGGGAAGCGGAGGCGGCCCCGGCGGGGUCUUCGCGGACGGCGCCGGCGACGUCAAGCGGAACCUGGGGAACGGCACUGACCCCACAGAGAAAACUCCAUCGAAGUGCUGAACUUCCCCUCGCAAUGAACGCGACUCGAUCUUCAACCACCAGGGAUUUGAGUGUUGUGAACGCGAGGGGGCUCCUUUGUCCGACAGAAGACGGAGCGGUGUCAAGAGUUGUUCCAUGCCGUGUUACUGUACGUUAGUGCGAUUGGUUCGGGAGACUCGUUUAAGAGGCGUCGGUGGCUCGGAGAUGUUAGCUACCUCACCUGGAGGUCGUGGGUUCGGUCCCGACUCUGACGCCUGCUGUAUAUUUUGAGUUGAAAUGUCUCUCUCUCUCUCAUCAUCAUCAUGGGGGCUAGGAGAUGUUAACUACCUCGCCUGGUAUACAGGAGGUCGUGGAUUCCAUCCCGAACCCUGACGCCUGUUGUAUAUUUUGAGUUGAAAUGUCUCUCUCUCUCAUCAUCAUCAUCACGGUGACUCGGAGAUGUUAGUUACCUCGCCUGGUAUACAGGAGGUUGUGGGGUCGACCCCGACCCUGACACCUGCUGCAUAUUUUGAGUUGAAAUGUCUCUCUCUCUCAUCAUCAUCAUGGGGGCUAGGAGAUGUUAACUACCUCGCCUGGUAUACAGGAGGUCGUGGGUUCGAUCCCGACCCUUGACACCUGCUGUAUAUUUUAAGUCGAAAUGUCUCUCUCUCUCUCUCAUCAUCAUCACGGGGGCUAGGAGAUGUUAACUACCUCGCCUGGUAUACAGGAGGUCGUGGGUUCGAUCCCGACCCUUGACACCUGCUGUAUAUUUUAAAUCGAAAUGUCUCUCUCUCAUCAUCAUCACGGUGGCUAGGAGAUGUUCGCUACCUCGCCUGGUAUACAGGAGGUCGUGGAUUCCAUCCCGAACCCUGACGCCUGCUGUAUAUUUUGAGUUGAAAUGUCUCUCUCUCUCUCUCUCUCAUCAUCAUCAUCACGGUGACUCGGAGAUGUUAGUUACCUCGCCUGGUAUACAAGAGGUCGUGGGUCCGAUCCCGAACCCCUGACGCCUGCUGUUGUAUAUUUGGAGUUUGCGUGUCUCUCUCUCCGUGGUCGCGUGGAUUUGUUCUUCGGGUCCCCCGGUUUCUCACCCCCCCUCCUCCACAUUUAGAAGCAACGCCACGCGUUUAGAGUUGAUUUUGCUGCUCUAAAUUUCGACACGAUGAUGAUGAUCAUUUGUGAUCGUCAAGAGCUACAUAGCUCAGUGGGGGCCUUACUUGGUCAAAUAAGACAUCGUUUAGUUUUUUUAUAGUUUAGUUUAAAUAAAUAAAAACGAAUCUUUUUAAAUCUCCAA